AUGUAUCUAAACACACCUAAAAAUCUAUGUUUUGGUCUUCUUCUUGGGCGUUUAGUAAUUGUUGUUUUAUUUUUCUUUUCGUUGCUUCCCAUUGUUCAUUCAUUGAAUUUCAGUAUAACUUAUUUUGAACCAAAGCCAACCAACAUAGUAUACGAAGGUGAUGCCAAGUCUUCUUCUGGAGUGAUUCAACUUAACACCGUGGAAAAUUGCUUCUUAGCUGGGAGGGCAACAUACUCGGAGCCAUUGCAUCUUUGGGACUCAGCUUCAGGAACACUCACCAAUUUCGCUAUUCGUUUCUCUUUCAGCAUUGUCAUUCACAAUUCUAACCAUACCGAUGAUGGCUUUGCCUUCUUCCUUGCUCCUGUUGGUUAUCCAAUUCCUCCAAACUCUGCUGGUCCAUAUCUGGGACUCCUCAAUGACACAACCAGGUUCGCCACUUCUCAAAACCAAAUCAUCAUGGUUGAGUUUGAUACUUGUCCCAAUGUAAGAUUUCCUAGAGUUUGGGAUCCGCCGGAGCAGCAUGUUGGGAUCAAUAUCAACUCCAUCUCUUCAGUAGUCAAAACCAGUUGGGAUGCCAAUUCGCAUAGUGGACAGGUGGCUGAUGUUUAUAUAUCUUACAAUGCUACCACAAAGAACCUGUCCGCGUCCUGGACAUACAGAGAAGAGGAACACCCUGUUUCUUCUUCUCUUUCUCACAUCAUUGAUCUAAAGGAAGUUCUUCCCGAGUGGGUUACCUUUGGAUUCUCCGCUUCUACAGCCUUGUAUCCAGAAAAUCAUAUCAUCACUUCCUGGGAAUUCAGUUCUAAUUCGGAUGCAAGGAAAUUAGGGAGAAAGAAAGGAAUAAAGUCGUAUGUUAUCUCACUCAUUGUUGUUGCAGCUUUCUUCAUGAUAUUGAUGUUUGGAAUGUGCAUAUCUCGGUCCAUGAUGGGGAAGAUUAAAACUAACAGAAUUGCCAAUAUACCCCUCUCGGUUAAUACAGAUCUGGAAAGAGGGGCGCUUCCAAAAAGAUUUUCUCACCGAGAACUUGUUGCGGCUACUGAUGGGUUUGCAAAUGGUAGAAAGCUCGGUCAGGGAGGGUCUGGACAAGUUUACAAAGGAACGUUGAGUGAUAUUGACCGUCUAGUUGCUGUCAAGAGAAUUGUUGCUGGAUCUGACCAUUCUGAAAGAAUCUUCAUCAAUGAAGUGAAGAUAAUAAGCCGUCUGAUUCAUAAAAACCUGGUGCAUUUCAUUGGAUGGUGUCAUGAGAAAGAUGAAUUCUUAUUAGUUUAUGAAUACAUGUCUAAUGGCAGCCUUGAUGCUCAUCUCUUCGGCAAUAGAAGAACUCUGCCAUGGAGUAUCAGGUACAAAAUAGCUUUAGGAUUGGCCUCAGCAAUUCACUACCUUCAUGAAGAUGCAGAGCAAUGUGUCCUUCACAGAGACAUAAAAUCAGCCAAUGUACUAUUAGAUGCAGAUUUCAGCACCAAGCUUGGCGAUUUUGGGGUUGCUAAGCUGGUGGAUCCUAGACUGAGGACUCAGAUGACAGGGGUGGUAGGGACUUACGGCUACCUAGCGCCAGAAUAUGUCAACGGAGGGAGGGCUAGUAAAGAAUCAGACAUGUAUAGUUUUGGUGUUGUGGCUUUGGAAAUUGCAUGUGGGAGGAAGACUUACCAGAAUGGUGACUAUCAUGCUCCGCUAAUGAGAUGGAUGUGGGAGCUCUACCUUGCUGGAAAUAUCAUGGAAGCAGCUGAUGAAAGAUUACAAAUGGAUUUUGAUUCUAAUGAGAUGGAAAGGUUGAUGAUGGUGGGAUUAUGGUGCACUUGUCCCAAUGAAAAAGAUAGACCAAAAGCAGGACAAGUUAUUAAAGUUCUUCAGCUUGACAUGCCAAUGCCCGAGCUUCCACAUGAUAUGCAUGACUCGAUCAUUCUACCUCAACAAAGAAUUGAUUCAUUUCAGUCUCCAGUCACUACUAGCAUCAACAGUGUUGGCCGUUAAAAGCAAUUCGUCUGCUACUUUGUACUUUGGUCCGUCUAGCUUUAGCAUUGUAAGAGCCUAAAUCUGCAACCUUUUUUUUUUAGUUGGGGUGUGUGCGUCUGGUGUUGUCUGUUUGGUUCCCAUGUAUUAAGUACAGCACACGAAACAAACUGAAUAAAACAAUUAAAUUUCAUCCGACUCGCACGCCUAUCUGACUUUCAC